UCAAACACAUUAAUUAUAAAUAACAUCCUCAUUCAUAAAAAGAUUCAGAAUGAGAAUAAGUUGGAUGUAAAACUGUGAAGUUUAUCUAUGGGCUACUUCAGAUUUUUAUGAAUGAUAUAAAGGAAUGUCUGAAAAGUUUCCACCAAAGACAUCUCUGGUUUGCACUCAAUACUUACCUAUUUCCCUCUUGAAAAUGAAUUUCAAUUGACGAAUUCCAGUCACACCAAUGCGUUCCUCUGUUAGUUAUAUACUGUCGACAUCUUCAUCUGAGCCAAACAUGUCUCAUCCCGAUUAUGAACAGUUUACACAUGAUCAUGCAGCUCUUUUGAUACUUGUCAGGCAGAUAGGUUCUCAAUUGAAGCCGAAAAUAUUCAACAAAUUUUUCGAUCGAAUUUCAAAAAUAAACACUGUUAAAAUAACUGAUUCUGUUGGGGUGUCACGAAACAUAUGUGUAAGAUAUGUUCGAGAACAUCCGGUAGAGAAUAAUGAUUGGGGGGACUUUCAAACGCAUAGGAGGCUACUUGGUUUGGUUACCUUAGGGAAAUAUGACGGUCAACAAGAACUGAAUGAAAUAUGUCGAGUUCAUGAAAGUUUGAAAGUUAAAUAUACAAGCACCCUUUAUGAUUCUAGAUGUCUUUUGUUUGGACCUCCAAAAGAGGAUUCAAGUCCAGUUGAUAAUUCAAGUUCUAGUGACGAUACAACUAAAAGCACUUCAGAGGGUGAAGCAAUACCGAAGAUAAAGAAAGAUGAUUCUGUGGAAAAGUACACCACCCCAAGUAAUUUCAAGACCAGAGCCCUUUUUUACAAUGAAUCUGGGACAUGCUCUGACUUGGAAGAACAAAUGGUGGAAUUCAUACAUUCAUUGUUCUGGAUUCUUGAAUCUAAAAGAUUGGAAAGGUCUAGAGAGAAAUUGGAACGUGUAUCUCUGUUAUUAGCUCCAUUUGAAAAGAAAGAUUUUGUUGGUUUAGAUCUUGAGUCCCGAAAUAAUAAGAAAAGGUGUGCUGGAAGGAUGACAAAACACUUGGGUGAUCUUUGUCUACAAGCAGGUCUGAUAAAUGAGAGUUUAGUUUAUUAUGCUACUGCAGCAGAGACCCUUAAAACAAUAAAUGACUGGUUGUGGUUAGGAGCAGCUUAUGAAGGUCAGAGUGCAGCCUCAUCUAUUGUAAUCUAUCCCAACAUCCAAAGAGGUUCUGCAUUACACAGAAAUGCUAGUUUGCAAGAAGGUUCACCCAAAAAAAUUCCAACAACUCCAACAAAUAAUGUUAUAGAUGUGUCAACAUUGAGAAAGACUAUGCCCCAUUUAUUAGUUCCUGAUGAAAUAGCAAGAAAAUAUCGGGAAGCCAUUAUCCAUUAUAGCAAAUAUCAAAAUGCAGGUAUUGUCGAGACUGAAGCAAGCUUCAAGGCAGCUCGGAUUGCUAUCGAGCAAAAUCAUGCCUUACAAGCUGCAAGUUUUCUACAAAAUGUUGUGUAUAUUAAUCUUACCCUCUCUGAGCAAGAAAAAAUUGAAAGAUUUGAAACUUUGGCAGAUUUGUAUACUCAAAUAGGCUUCGUUAGAAAAGCUUCUUUUUGUCAGAGACUUGCAGCAACAAGGUAUGUGUCUCCCCAAAAUCCUACUCCUAACUGGUCCCAAUGUUAUAAUCUGAUGGUACAGAGUUUACCUGGCCAUAAACUCACAUUGGAUCCAGUGGAAGUUCUAACAGCAGAUCAGGGAUGGCCAGCAUUACAAAUACAACUUCUUCAAGAACUAGUAGUGGCUGCUAAGCGAAUGGGACAUUCUGCCUUAGCUACAAGGCACAUGACAUUCCUUCUUCAAACAAUGUGGAAGCAUUUAGCUAAACAAGAGCAGAAAGAUCUUUGCAUACAACUGCAGUCCUUGGCUGCACAAUGUGAGGGAGCACCUGUAGCUUUAGUACUAGAUAAUGGAUCUAUUAUACCACCAGCUAACCUAAUAAACAUUCCAGUAUGCCAAGAAUUCAUACCAAAAAGUUUGCAACCCCAUCUUCAGCCUCGUAAAAUUAAAAUUGCAAAGCAAGACAGCGGUCCAUUUUUAUUUACUCCAAUCCAUUUUGGGAGCUUGGAAAGGAACUCUUUGGAACCUAAAACAAAAAUGGAAUUUUUGUGGGUUGAAGGUGAUCUUUGCAGUGUAUCUCUUAAACUUUUAAAUCCUCUUCCCUUCGAAUUGAAAGUAAGCGAUAUGAGAUUAUUGAGUUCCGGCGUCGUUUUUGAAUCAAUUCCAGAAACAGUCAUCCUACCACCUGACUCAGCCACUUUGGUUACACUUAGUGGUACUCCUAAAGAAAAUGGUGAACUAGAACUUCAAGGUUUCAGUACACAUACUUUAGGUGUGAAAUCAAAUUGUCGAUUGAAACAUAUGGAGGGAUUUUUGCCAUUUUUCACAGUUCAAGUAGUUCCAUGCCUUCCAGUGAUUGAAGUUACGACCUCACUUCCUCAAAGUGCAUCAUUUUCUUCAUUGAGGGACUUUGAUAGUGUUACUACAUCUGCUAGUUCAAGUUUAUAUCACGGCGAAACUUCUGAGUGCACCAUCACAUUGACUAAUAAAGGUCAAAUUCCCAUAGAAUAUCUUGAAGUGUCUGUUCAGAGUGCUUUGGACCCAGCAACUCAGGAAAAAAUGUUUGUUUGGUCUGAUAAAGCUAUUCAGGAUCAAUUACCUCUUCAACCAGGCUCAUGUGCUGUCAUAAAUUUAACCUUGUAUGCCCAGGCCAGUUUUAUAGCCCCUUUACAAGAGCUCAACAGUGGGAUAUAUGGAAGCUCAUUGAUUGGAAGUGGUUCUGGUGGGCCCAGUUCUUUGCCAUCACAUCUCAAUUCUCCCAUGCAUAGCUUGCCAGGUAGAAGAACAGAUGUUAGUUCGAGCUUUCGCUCUACGAACUCCGGUCAGUCUAGUUCUGCUGGAUGGAGAUCUCCAACUCAUUUAAUGCUGCCGAACAAUGUACUGUCCAGUGUAGUAGAAGGGCAACUACAACUUCGAUACAGUGGCGGCUCAGGUCUGCAAGCUGAACAAUGUCGGACAUGCUCGGUUUAUUUCACUCUUGAAAUUCUACCAUCUCUUCAAGUGACCAAUUGGGAUGUUCUACCUGCAGAAACGCCAUCUCACUUCUAUCUGGUUCUUGACGUAGCAAAUCUCACAUCACAGGAAAUGGAACUUGAAUAUGCUCCUUCCAAAACUAUGCUUAUAGAGGGACAUGAAAGUUGCAGGGUGCCAGUGCCAGUGGAAAGAUGCCCGCUUUCCAAAUUCAAAAGUUUGUAUGUUGAGAAUUCAGAAGACAACAGGAGCGAGGUUAAUGUCGAUCUGGACAAAAUAUAUUCGGAACACAUAGCCAAUUUGGUGGAUUUGAAUUGGCAGCUUUUGGCUACAGAAACCAAGGGCAAGGCGUCUCUGCAGGGAAUUACAUUGGCACCUUCAAUGUUAGAUAUUGUAGGGAUGUCACCAAUACUCUGGGAAAUACAAAUAAAUGGUGAAGUAAUCAAACCUCAGGAAGAAAUUAAUUGUGAGGCAGGAGAUUGUCUGGAAUUGCUUGUGAGAGUUACCAAUUGCCUAGAUAAAGCACUUCAGCAAAUUACACUCUGCGUACAAUUCUAUCAGGACUAUGAAAAUGGAAAUUUGAAUUAUAGAAUGGAAACUAGAUUAGCGAUAACUGGCACACCCAGACACAUGAUAUCAAAUUUGAAUCCUCAGCAGACAGUGCAGUAUUCGUGUAAUGUGAUAUUCUUCACAGGUGGCCAGUAUAAGUUAAGUGUCAAAUGCAGUACUGAUAGCUCUUCUAUGAUGAAUUAUAAUGAAUCUACAACAGGUCAUGUUUGGAAGUUCAUUCCACCUGUUACUUUCAUGGUAACUUGAAUGAAUCAUGUACUCAUAUUAUGGUUUUAAAUAUAGAGAUAUUUGUUAUGCGAAAUGUUUAUAUUAAAUACAUUAUUUGAUGUUAUCAGUAAUUUUUACCAGAAAAAGAAAAAAUUAUAUUACAUAAAUGAUU